AUGUAAUUGAAGUUGUCAGAGCUGUCAGUUGUCAUGAAAUAUCACAUUUCACAUUUUUGACAGUCGACGUAGCAUUACAAACUAUUUUUCGAAUUAGUCGGCUAGUGUUCAAAAAAUUUCGUUAAUAAAGCGUAUUUAGUGUUUUUUUACUACAAAAGAACCGCAAAUAUGUUUAGGAAUCAAUAUGACAGUGAUGUGACGGUCUGGAGCCCCCAGGGACGUCUCCACCAAGUAGAAUAUGCCAUGGAAGCUGUUAACCUAGGUUCAGCAACAGUAGGUCUCAAAAGUGAUAAUUAUGCCGUUAUAAUUGCUUUAAAAAGAGCUUCUUCGGAACUCUCGGCGUACCAGAAGAAAAUUAUCAAUAUCGACGAUCAUAUCGGUAUAACUAUAUCUGGACUUACAGCCGAUGCUAGAAUUUUGAGUAGAUACAUGAGGAACGAAUGUUUAAAUUAUAAGUACUCAUUGGAUGCUUAUAUGCCCCUCAACAGGCUGAUUAGUAUCUUAGGUAAUAAAAUGCAACAUUGCACCCAACGGUACGACCGUAGACCAUUCGGCGUCGGCCUACUCGUCGCAGGUUUCGAUGAUACUGGUGCUCACAUUUACCAAACCUGUCCCUCAGCUAACUUCUACAACUGCAAAGCCAUGUCUAUCGGGGCUAGAUCUCAAAGUGCUAGGACUUACUUGGAGAAGAAGCUCGAUGAAUUAUCUUCAGCCUCUUUGGAAGAGUUGAUUAAACAUGGUUUGAGGGCUUUGAGGGAUACUUUACCUCCAGAGGUAGACCUAACCACCAAAAACGUCUCAAUAGGCUAUGUAGGCAAAGGUCAAAACUUCAAGAUCUUAGAAGAGGAAGAAACUGCUCCCUACCUCUCGCUCAUUGAAGGUGAAGAACGUCGCGGCGGUGGAGGCGGAGGCAUCGCUGACGCUCCUGCAGAUCCGUUGAGAGAGGGGGAAGCGGGGGACGACGGUCCCAGAGACCCAAUCCCAGCGGUCGCCAUGGAUACGACGGAGUAAAAGCAGAUGGUUUGCCAAAGGGGGUUUUCGAGUGGCAUCUGGGGGGAUUGGAGUGCUUGGGGUGGAGACUUAUCAAAGGAAAAUUGCCGUGGCUGUUUUGAUUUGAUUUUUCUUUUUUAAAUCCCGAAUUGAAACAGCCACGGCGGAUUUUGUGAAUUGCGUAAAUAUUUUAUUGAAUUUUUAAUGAUUAUAAGGUUUUUUUAAUUAAUAAAUUUGCUACUGCUUGAUA